CCGGGGUUUAAGCGACAGAGUGGGUGAGGAGUUGGAUAAGGGAGAAAAAGAGAUGGCUUUGAGAGCAGGCGUAGCUCCUUCAACGACAACAUGUCACUCACCCUCACCUUUCUUUCCUUCUUCGUCUUCUUCUUCUUCUUAUGUUGUAGGUUUAUGCUCGGCACCAUUUUCGUGCAAUCGUCCAAGUGAUAUUACAUUCAAAUGCUCUUAUUCCUAUCCUUCGUUAAGCAAAAAAGCACAAAGCAUACCACUUUCACUCUCCUCUUUCACCAAGCAGAUUUGCAGAGCAGCCGAAUACAAAUUCCCUGACCCAAUUCCUGAAUUCGCUAAUGCCGAGACGUUAAAAUUUAGGACCCAUCUCCACGAGAAGCUUGUUAAGAAAGAUGUAUGUGGAGAUUCAGUUGGAGAAGUCGUGGAAAUCUGCGCUGGGAUAUUCAGCGAGUUCUUACACACCCAUUACGGUGGUCCUGGAACUCUCUUGGUCUUACCAUUCAUUGACAUGGCUGAUACCGUAAAUGAACGAGGAUUGCCUGGAGGUCCUCAGGCUGCACGUGCAGCAGUGAAAUGGGCCCAAAAUUGUGUUGACAAGGAUUGGAAAGAGUGGACUGGCGAUAGCUAUUAAGCUAAAUUUUUAGAUUGCUUGUAUUGUCGAUGUGGGUACUGUAAGAGCUGUCUCUCAAUUUUGAUAUGUUAUAUUAUGUCUGUCUAGGAAUCGAGAAAUGACGAGUGAAAUUUGAGCAGGUUUUG